GUUUCAGUCACAUUUCAGCCUCUGCUCUGAGAACUCAUCCUGAGCAGCCCCAAACAGGCUAUAACUUCUCUACAACUGAGAUAUGAUCGUCUUAAUUUACUUAUUUGUCUUGCUGUGGGAAGAGGCUCACGGAUGGGGAUUCAAGAACGGAAUUUUUCAUAACUCCAUAUGGCUUGAACAAGCAGCAGGUGUGUACCACAGAGAAGCGAGGUCUGGCAAAUACAAGCUCACCUACGCAGAAGCCAAGGCAGUGUGUGAAUAUGAAGGUGGCCGUCUCGCCACCUACAAGCAACUAGAGGCAGCCAGAAAAAUUGGAUUUCAUGUCUGUGCUGCUGGGUGGAUGGCCAAGGGCAGAGUUGGAUAUCCCAUUGUGAAACCCGGGCCCAACUGUGGAUUUGGAAAAACUGGCAUUAUCGAUUAUGGAGUCCGUCUUAAUAGGAGUGAAAGAUGGGAUGCCUAUUGCUACAACCCACAUGCAAAAGAGUGUGGUGGUGUCUUUACAGAUCCAAAGCGAAUUUUUAAAUCUCCAGGCUUCCCAAAUGAGUAUGAUGAUAACCAGAUCUGCUACUGGCACAUUAGACUCAAGUAUGGUCAGCGUAUUCACCUGAGCUUUUUGGACUUUGACCUUGAAGAUGACCCAGCUUGCUUGGCUGACUAUGUUGAAAUAUAUGACAGUUACGAUGAUGUCCAUGGCUUUGUGGGAAGAUACUGUGGAGAUGAGCUUCCAGAAGACAUCAUUAGUACAGGAAAUGUCAUGACCUUGAAGUUUCUAAGUGACGCUUCAGUGACAGCGGGAGGUUUCCAAAUCAAGUAUGCUGCUGUGGAUCCUCUAUCCAAAUCCAGUCAAGGAAAAAACACAAGUACUGCUUCUACUGGAAAUAAAAACUUUUUAGCUGGGAGAUUUAGCCAUUUAUAAAACAAAUAAGGACACUCAAGUGUUGAUGUUUGUAUCUUUUGGAACGCCUUUGAUCUCACUUUUAUAUUAUUAGUGGUAGCAUUUAUUUAUUAUUUUUCUAAAUGUGAAAGGCAAUAACUGAUAAUUUGGGGAAAAUUGGAAAAUACAGAAAAUUUAAAUGAAAACAUAAAAUAUCUUAUAAUCCCACUGCAUAAAAAUAACAAAUAUUAACAUUUGUAUAUUUUUCUUUUAGUUAUUUUUCAAUUUGUGGUAUAUGUAUAUAUGUAUCUAUAUGUAUUUGUAUUUGAAAUUUUGGAAUCCUGCUCCAUGUACAGUUUUAAUAUUUUGGGUUUUUUAAACUUGAACUUUAUGGCUUAAGCAUUUUCCCAUAUCGUUGAUUAUUCUGCAAUAACAUAAUUUUGAACAGCUGUAAAAUAAUCUGUGGUAUGAUUAUUCCAUACUUUAUUUAAGCCUAUCUGCUUUGUGGGAAUUUUAAGUUGCUUUCAUAAAUAUUGCUGCAAUAAAUAUCAUUGAACAUG